AUGUCAUCCGUUGUUGUGUUGUUGUUAUCGUGCCUGUGCUUGUUUGCUACUAUUGGUAGAAUUCACCAUGUCAACAUAGUGCAACUUAUUGGUUUCUGCGUAGAGGGAUCAAAGCGUGCUCUCAUAUAUGAGCUCAUGGAAAAUGGAUCAUUAGAAAAAUACAUAUUUUCCCCUCAGAAGAAUGAUUCCUUAAGUUGUGAAAAACUCUACACCAUUUCCCUUGGAGUAGCACGUGGAAUUGAAUACUUGCAUAAUGGGUGUGACAUGAAAAUUCUGCACUUUGACAUCAAGCCUCACAAUAUUCUUUUGGAUGAGAACUUCAACCCAAAAGUGUCUGAUUUUGGACUUGCAAGGCUAUCUCCCACUGAUAAAAGCAUUGUGUCUAUGACUGCAGCAAGAGGAACCAUAGGGUACAUGGCUCCUGAGCUCUUCUAUAGAAAUGUUGGCGCAAUCUCAUACAAAGCCGAUGUCUAUAGCUUUGGGAUGUUGUUAAUGGAGAUGGCUAGUAGAAGGAAGAAUUUGAAUGCACAGACUGAAAAUUCCAGCCAAAUAUAUUUUCCUUUCUGGGUUUAUGAUGAAUUGCAGGAUGGAAGGGAAAUAACAAUAGAAAAUGACACAGAUGAAGAGAUGAAGUUGGCAAAAAGAAUGAUGAUUGUGGCAUUGUGGUGUAUACAAACAAGGCCUAAUGAUCGACCUUCAAUGAAGAGAGUUGUGGAGAUGCUAGAACAAGAUGAUGACUUAGAAAUGCCUCCAAAACCGUACUUCUACCCACUUGAUGCACUCACAGAAGAGAAUGUUGAAGAUACUACUACUCAUAACAGUUCAAAGUUAUCCUCUGGUGACGUCUCUUCAGUUAGUGAUUCAAAGGAAUAGAAAUAAUCUGAAUGGACUCUACUUUGAUAUAAUGUUGCAUGCUCUGUAUCUAGCUAGCUUAUGUCUUUGGCUAUGUUGUGUAUAUUAGUAUUUCUGAUGUAUAUGAUGACAAUAAAUUCGUUCCUAUGUGGUCUAUAAAUACUUUUUCAACUUA